AUGAACGUCGAUCGAUGCAUCGCGCUCCACAAUGAGAUUUUGCGCCACGGCUGGGUUGGCUCAGGUCGCAGCGUAGAGUCUCUCGAAUCUUCCUGUCAGACUUGGUUUGAUACAUUCAGCGAUGCAGCUGAGGCCGUUCGUGCUGACCUUUCGCCUGAUCUUGUUCAGUUUCUUCAACAUGCUCGAGUCAUCUGUGAUCCAGAGGCGAAAGUUGACCUGUUUUUCUUCUAUUGGGUGCAAAAUCUUGCUGAUCCAGGGUUCGUGUUUGAGCAGGAAGACGAUUGGCCAGAAGAGGGCAGGUUCUUGGUACUUUACGCUAUGAGCAACUUUACGGGUCACUUCUGUGGGCUAGUAUAUGACCAGGAAACACACCUGUGCAUAAUCAGUCCGACUAUCUACGACACAGACAUAAUCUUUGAACAGGAAGUUUGGUAUCCGUUGGAAACUGCGUUGGAGUUUUGGUUGAGCCAAAUUCGCAAGGGAAGAAUUGCUACUCCGCCAAAAGUCCCGCAUAAGAAUUACGUCUACGAGCGCUUCGAUCCCUGGGAGUUUAUCCCAUAUAACGACACAAUGCUGGAGGAGAACAUCGACGCUUUCAAUCGCCUUGUAGAGUCCAUCGAAGCCCGCAUGCCUCCAACGGCCUCCACCACAGAAGUUGCAGAGGCUGUACAUGGACUAGUCGACAGCAGCGUACUUCAAGCUACAGAACUUCCCCAAAGAUUCGCUUACGAAUUUUUCCGUCGUACACGACGUCCACGCUUCCAAAUGAUCGCUCCCGGUCUCGAAGUGCUCACUGACUCUGCAUUGUUUGACCAGCCGUUCCACUCUUAUAUUUCUUCUUCUACUUCUGAAAUUCCUCCCAUCCUGCUUUUCCGCUCCAAGUCAGAUUAUACUGACGAGACAACGCUCAAUACUCACACCGGUGAGCGCAUAGCCCAGCUCUUUCCAUUAUUCAGCGACACCACAACAUAUCCCGCAGGCCUGUACUUGCGUCCGACUUCUGCGAUAAAAUCCGAGGAUGAGUGUUUGUUUAUUUUGCCCUUUGGUAUUGGGGCGAACGGGUAUGCAAGGAAGAGUGAUGGCAGCAGGUUUGGACGACGUAAGACUGGAGGAGAUAGUCACGUGGAUUUAUAUCGUCCAGGUCAUCAGCCGCUCGAGAAACAUCACGAGCAGAGUCUUGUCAACGUGCUGAAGAAUUGGAGGGGUAUGGUAGAGAGGGGCGAGUGGCAGAUUGAUGAGAAUGGGGUUGCAGGCGGAAUGGAUGUAUGGAGAGAGGCAGAUAGCGAAGAGAAGUGGGAGGCAUAUGUGAUACCGAGGGCUGUGGAGGGAGUAGAGGGGUAG